AUGGCUCUAUGCAUAAUCCUUACAUCGGCUUCAGUUGCUGGAGCCAACAUGCUCCUGGAGAUGAAGCUGCUGUACCCCCACUGCAAGACCUUCGGAGAUCUUGGUUUGGAAGUGAUUGGCAGGCCCGCACAGAUGUGGGGCAACGUGAUCCAGCUCGGGAAUUUCUGCCUUUUCAUGCCGUGUGCUCUUCGAUUCUGUGCACUAUCAUUGUAUUCCAUUGGCACGCUUGGUCCGCUGGGUAACUGCAUUGAUUACUACGUGUGGGUGAUUGCAGGCAUCUGCUUGCUGACGACGCAAGUCAGGAGCUUCAACAAUGUUCAGGGCUUUACCGUGAUUUCCUUUCUUUGUGUCGUCGGCAUGGUCAUCACAAUGGUCAUCGGCGCCUUCCAGUACGAGCACACUCCCAAAGUCCCCGCACAGUGGUUCGGUAACCCAGAGCCGAAUGCAGGCUUGAGGCUCAUACGGCUUGCCAGUGGCUUUACGAUCGGUGCUUGGGCAUUCAUUCCCGCUUUCCUCACCGUCGAACUCAGCACUUGCAUGCAAAACCCCGCCGACUUCAAGAAAUCCCUGCUGAUGGCCGGAAGCCUGAAUGUGCUACUCUUCGUGAUUGUUGGCACCACCGUCGUGGCGCGCUGGGGCUACAAUGUCGGCGAAGUCAUCGCCAUCACUACGGGUGUUGGUGCAUUCGUGAAGGGAGACGUGAUCAACACUCUCUUCAAUGCCUUUCAACUGGGCGGCAAUUUUGUGUCGUACAUGCUGGACUCGGUUCCACUCAGUCGGUUCUGCCAGAGAAGUUGGGCUCCGAACUUCAAGGACACUUGGACAAUGCCAGAUAUUCUGAGAUACUUGGGUUAUUCGUUGCCCACCUUCUUGUCCGCAUUGCUUCUGAGCACUUUCACCCCCAGUAUCAACACAUUGCUGGAUUUCGUCACAGCCCUGACUACACCCUGGGUGACUCAGAUCUAUCCCGCGGUCCUCUACUGGAAGGUCCUCCACCGACGAGCGGCAGACAACAUAGAGUGUGGGCUGGACAACCCUGUCAAGCGCUCAGAGAAGAUCACCGUCGCUUUGGUGUUCACCGUCGGAUGCGUCAGCUUCUGUGCCUGUGCACUGAAAGCUGUCGGAUACCUUGCCUUUGAUGAGCUCCGGCCAUCUUUUCAGAUCGGAUGCAACGACUGGCUUAUCUGGAAAUGGAAGUGCGUCCUUCCGAUGCUGGCUCGCGAGUGUGGAAGUAAGGUGAAACAGACGGUUCAGCGUGUCGUUGCUGAAGCGCCGGGGUCACCACGGAAUCAAGCAGACCUGCCCGAUGAAGAGCAAGUUCUCCUGCAGAUCUGGACUGCAGCGUGUAUGUAUGGGCUUGAUGCCGAGCUUGCCAAAGCCGGUGGUCGAGACGAGUGGGAGGAGACUCUGCUGGAAGGGUUGAGGGAUCUUAGAGCCACCCGGUGGGAAGAUGGAUUCCAGUGGCUGGGCGAUACGCUCCUGAGCAACUUCGGUGUGAAUCCUACUUGGGAUGGUCGUGAGCAUACCUCCAAACGGCUCAUCGAUGCUGCUGAUCGUCUGCUGGAGAAACUUGGAGAUCCCUAUGCUCAGUAUUACCCUCCCGAGGAGUGGACCGAGAUGACAGAGGUUGCAGAAGGAGGCGAUGUUGCGGGCAUUGGUGUGGCUUUUGCGCAAGACACCACUCGCGGAAGAGGUGGAUCUCCGGAAGUUGUGGCCGUGGUUCCUGGGAGCUCAGCCUCAGAUGCAGGCGUCGAGGUCGGCGACCGUUUGGUUGAAGUUGACGGGCAGUCCAUGCGUGUGCCGGCAGAUGCUGCCCGCUGGAUCCCUGGCAGACCGGGUACCUGGGCCAACGUGAGGUUCCAGCGCCGGGACUCUGUGAAAGGAGCAGCCAUGACGGAUUACUCGCUAACUUUGCAACGACAACCUAUGCGAGUCCAGCCUGUGGAAUUUCGCAUUCCGUUUACCGGCGUGGGCUAUAUCCGCAUCGUUAGCUUCAAUGGGCCGGAUGUGGUGAAGCCCCUUCGUGGAGCUCUGCAUGAUGCGGUCAGGCAGCAGCUCCGCUACCUCAUCGUGGAUUUGCGCGACAACCGUGGCGGCCGUUUGAGUGAUGCACAGCGCGCGACGACAGAGCUGCAGCAGCAGCUGGCACAGAAGAACAUAGAGGCCGCGGCUGUGCUGGUGAACUCUAAGAGUGCCUCUGCCUCCGAGCUGAUGGCGGUGGAACUCCGGCGGUCAAAGGUGCCUGUGGUUUUCUGCGGUGAUGAGGCUGCCCAAAGAACCUUCGGAAAAGCCGAAGAGCAGGAAGCCAUCGAGCUCAGCGACGGCGGCGCCCUGCUCCUGACCACUUCACGCUGGGCCGAAGAGGGUUUCUCGGGCGUGCCCGCCGCUUGCCACGCCGCUGCAAGUGCCAUGGAGGCCAAGCGGCUGAAGUACACUCCGAGCGCUGACUUUCCGCCGCCUGAUUGUCGGGAGGGCGAGAAGUUGUCGGCAUGGUUCCGAAAUGUUUUUGAAGCGGUUCCGAUGAAGACCCCGCAGCCUCUGACAGAUCGGGAGAAGCAGCUUCUGAGGCUAUCUGCGACUGAGUAUUGUGACGAGCGAAAAGCGUGCAGAGUCACCUGCGAGGAGUACACCACUUUGCUGGUCAGACGGGCUUCUUACUACCGCUACAUGAAUCAGUGGACCUUCCGGAGCUACGAUCUUUUCAGCGUUGCCGUGGAGCGUGCGAAAGCUUUGGACAGGAUGGCGGAGUCGAAGGGUGUUGAUGUCAUCGGCCCUUUGUACGGUCUGCCGAUCCCAAUGAAGGGUACUGCAGCUGUUGUUGACUUUCCAUCGGGCGGUGGGGUCGGCAUAUUGAGCAGCUACACCCCGGUCAAGAAUAGUGCGCUCACAGAUAUGAUCUACAGUCGCAAUGGCAUCAUCUUCGGUACCACCAAUGUGCCGGAAUUUGCGUGCUCUACGAACACGGCGAACCGGGCGAGUGGCCAGUGCCGAAAUCCCUACAACCACGCUUUCUCUCCAGGCGGUAGCUCGGGUGGAGCCGGGUCAGCUGUAAGCAUGCACAUGUGCCCUGUCGCUGUGAGCGAGGACACUGGUGGCUCCACGCGGGUCCCAGCCUUGUUCAACGGCCUUUUCGGCUUCGACCCCGCUCGCAACCAUUACCCCAACGAGGGGAAUUGCGGUAUGACAUUUACGAACGAUCAAAUUGGAGUGCUGGGACGCAGCAUGUCAGAUCUCCUUUUCUACGAUCGGGCACUGAUGCAAGACCGCCACAACGCUGCGGAGCUCCAUGCCACCGCCGCAAAGCAGGCCAAAGAGCGGGACUUGCAGGGCAUCCGGGUUGCCUGCCCUCAGUGGCCCUGGGUGAAGGGAACGAGCCGGCAGCUAGACGGAAUAAUGCGCAAGGCCUACGAUGCCGUCAGGGCGGCUUUGAAACCACUGACUCUCAAGGACACAGGAUGGCCCCUGGCAGGUUCUGAGCAGGGAGUGAUGUCGCUGGUAACCGACAAGAAGGCUCCUCAAUCGCUGUUUUUAACCUUUCCUGGCCAAAUUGCCCAGUUUGUCUUUGACUACCUGGAUGCGCCUGUCAGCCUCAAAGAGAUUUGCGCAGACACGAUCCCCUUUGGCGCACACCAACCCACCAAGUUUUAUGAAGACAUGACAUGCAAAAGCGAGACGGAUUAUCGCUAUGCAAUCGGGCCGUUCAUCAAGGACGAGGUCGAGCGAUACAAUUCUCUUUUCGACGCCGAGAACUUGGAUUUCAUCCUGGUUCCUGCAGCCUACAAUGCAACUCCCGAUUUAGCGCAGGCCUUGGCUGGCACCAUGCCAGCUAUAGAUGCGGAAGGUCAGCCGGCGCUGUCGGACAUGUGGCAAAGCGUCUAUCCUAUAAACGAGAUGUUGAAGCAUAUCCACAUUCCAAAGCUGUCUGUGCCCACUGGCCUAAGUUCGGAUGGCCGACCUACUGGGAUUCAGCUCUGGGGGAGGGCUGUUGCUUACGAGGACAUGUUCCAGGACAAGGUUUCCUCCAGGCACAACAUCACUUUUCUCCAUUUGGCAGCUCGUGUGGUCGAGCUCAUCCAUGCCGACGCCGACCUGCGCAGGGUCACGCCGACGAUGGACGCAGCCUGCACCUGCACGGGUGGGGCUCAAGUCGCCUAUGUCUGCGAUGCUGGCGAUCGGGAGCGCUGUGUGCGCUUCACCGCCUCGCUGCUGAGAGAGACCAGUCCGCGAAUCCAGCCAAGGCUUGCAGCGCCCGCCUCGGUAAAGGUGCUUGGCAACUGGACUUGGAACCUGUCGCUCAAGUCAACUUCUAUUGCUUCAGCCACAGCCUUGGACUCCACGACAUCAAUCUUUACGUUCUUGAUCGCCAUCCUCACCCAGGACGAGCAAUUUGGGUGGCGAAAGGCCUCAGGUGUCUUGUUGGGUGUCGCUGGUUCUGCUCUGACAUCUUUGCACGAUGCGAAGGGCUCGACAUCCUUGUCUUCAAGCACGUGUGCUGUGCCCAAAGGAUGA